AUGACGAAAGAAACAUUUGAACUCGCAGUUAACAGCGCCGGAAAACAAUACAUAUUUCAAAACGUUGGUGAGCUUGAUAAAAACGACUGUGAUUUAACAACAGGUGCUGUAUCACAAGGGCGAAUGUAUGAGCAACCAGGUAUGUUUUGUUUAUGAAUUUUGUAUAAAAUCUCUCUAUUUUCUAUGAAUGCUUGUUCAGUUCUAAUAUUGAUUAUUGGCAUUUGGAAAUUUUUUCAGGAGAACCUACCUGCCGAGUUGAAUCAUUCUUGAAGUACCUUAGUAAACUAAACAAAGGAAUACCGGCACUGUGGCAAAGACCUCUUGAUUCAUUUAAUCCCAACAAUGAAAGUUGGUACUACAAAGCUCCACUUGGGAAAAAUAUGCUAGGAACAAUGAUGAGUAAAAUUUCACGACAAGGACAGUUGUCUCAACGAUACACAAAUCAUUCAAUACGAUCAACUGCUAUAACAGUACUGGAUGAAGCAGGUACAUUUAAAUUACUUUGAUAUAUAGGCUAUGAAGCAGGGCAUAUUAUGGCAAUUUCAGGACAUAAAAAUGAAGCCAGCAUUAGAUCAUAUUCUUCAAACGUGUCAGAAGAUCAGAGUAGAGACAUGUCUAAUGCAUUGAUGUUGCCCAUGACUAACAGUGCUGACACAGUUGAUACCAUCCCAGCAAACGAAAGUCUAACUUCUCCUGAAAGAUCACUGGCACUGCUCGACGAUAUUGAUAUUCCCUCCACUCCCCAGCUUAACCAAGUCAUGAAUACAGUCCUUUUUCCCAUAUUGUCAACUUCAAAGGAUAUAUUUAAAAACAAUACAUUUGAAGGCUGCACAAUCAACAUAAAUUAUUGUGGCCAAACAUUGCAUGAAUGA